AUGGCUGGAGAUCAAUUGUCCGUACCUGGUUUACGCAAUCGGCCAACAGCAGAAGAGGGUGCUAGCAAGAAUCUGAGCGUCGCUAGUCAAGCUGACCAGCAGUCUCUCCUUGCAGACUGCCGUACCUGUAGACGGCGAAGGAUCAAAUGUGACAGAACUCUGCCUCUGUGUUGGAAAUGCAGCACCAGAAGCCUGCAAUGUCCAGGUUACAUCCCGAGCUUGCAAUGGGUACAGGUCGUGCCACCUGAAGACCGGUCGAAAACCGAUUCUCGCCCACCUCUGUCGACCGAGAGCCCACUUGCGUCCGCUACCCCUCCUGUGAAUUUGGGAAAUGAUUCAGUCUUCCACCGACUGCAACAAGGCCAUGACACAACCGUUGACUACCAUGUGCCCGAAAAGGACAAGUAUCUGAUUCGACAACCUCAUCAUUCUACGGGCAUACUUCAAGAUCCUUCUACACGUGAGCUACUGCAUCACUAUACCAAUAUUGUCGCCCCCCAAAUGGUUUGGGUCGAUGCAAUCCAGAAUCCUUUCCGCGAGAUAGUCAUUCCACUCGCCAUCCAAUCGCCGGCCCUCUUGAUGUCGAUUCUCUCAGUCGCUGCUGGAGACAUGUGGUUCAGGUCAGGCCAGACCGUUGACUGCAGCUUCGACUCAUCUCGGCUGUUGGAUCGAUACAGAGGGCAAACCCUGAGCCAUCUGGUUGAUCACUUGAGGAUUGAGACCGGGUACGGGUCUAACACUCCUGCUGUACUUGCGGAUAACGAUCGUGCCAGCCCCAUUCUCGCUGCCUUUCUCCUCGGCUCAUUAGGCCUGAAGAUGAACGAUUUCCCCGCCUGGAGGUUGCAUAAUCGUGCGGCUUGGUCAAUGCUUGAUCAUUGGACUACAUCGACGCCCAAUACAAUCAAUCCAUUCUCAGGAAUUAAGCAGUUCUUGCUGCAGGAGGUAUAUUUCUGCAAAGUCUGGGAAUCUGUCACCACGUUCCAAGCAUCAAGUGACAUGUGCGGAGCUUCUUCUCUUCUUAACUCAGAGGGACCAUUUAUCCAGUACCUGCGAAUCAUUUCUACUCUUGCAGGACUCGAACGUUCCCAUAACGACACUUGUGAGGCGCUCAAUGUCGACCUUACCUUGCCAACUCUGGUAGCCCUAUUGGCCGAGGCUCGCGAACGCACCGAGGAUUAUGCCAAAACGAUCACUUUCCACCUUCCUGGGGCGCGCAGAGCAUUUGAGCAUCUCGUGGACUUGUUCCACCAUGCGGGAAUACUUUAUGGCUGCCAUGUACUCCCUGAUCGCGAGGACUCGACAGACGUUGCCGACUCGUCCCGUGUGGCCCUUUUCCAACGCCUCUACAGAGUCACUGGCACAGAAAUCAUCGCUCAAGAUCUCACAUGGCCGGUAUUUGUAGCUGGGACUGAAUGCCAGGGCAAGCCGGAAAAUCAACGCCUGAUCCAGGAGAAAAUGCAAGAGAUCAUGAAAAUGAGUGGUGAUCUGGAAAGACCGAGGUUGCUGGCUUUCCUUGCCGAGCUCUGGCUGUUGCAAAAGCAGGGCUCCAGCAUGAAUUGGAUCAAGUUGGCGCGUGCAUAUGCUGAUCGUGGAGAGCCUAUCUUGAUUGUUUAA